AUGGCUCCCAUUGCGUUGACAACACUCGUACGUAGACGAAAUGAGCUGAAGCAACGUGUGACAAGCUUUCUCCAGUGGCUCGAAUCAGUGCGCGAAACUCCAGAUCUAGAUGAAGUUGAGGUAAAAACCGACAGCCUCAAAAAACACAUAGAGGCCCUACCCGACAUCCAUGAUAAAAUAAUGGAAAGGAUCUCUGAUGAAGAAAGUCCAGCACACCUAGAAGAGGUCAACAACAUCGAGUCUGGCUUUGAGAGAGGCUUAGCAUUAGCCCGAAAGUUAUUGCGGAAAGCUGCAGAAGCAGAACGAGCAUCAACAAGUGGUAGCACGCCUUUCCAAAAGCUAGACCACACUGAGACUGCCAAAGUAAACUUACCAACAUUCGACGGCAGCAUCGAGGAUUGGGCCGAAUUUAAGGAUAAAUUCGAGACGAUGAUCCAUUACAAUGAGCCAGUCGCUACCGUACACAAACUGCAAUAUUUACUCGCCAAUGUCACCGGUAAAGCGAAGAGAGCCGUAGCAUCUAUGGGAGGAUCAGAACGCAAUUAUGAGGAAGCGUGGAGUCUAUUAAAGAAUAAAUACGACAACCCGAGAAAAAAUAUCUUGAGACACAUCGUACUGUUAAAUUCCACCCCUAGCCUGCAUCGUGAUACCCCUGAAGCCCUGGAGGAUCUAGUUGACACCAUACGCCAACAUCUCAGUGCUUUGAAAAACCUUGGAGAACCCGUCGAUACUUGGGAUUCCUGGAUCAUUCAUUUGAUAUCAUGCAAGAUCAGUGCCCAGACCUUCCAUCAGUAG